AUGGAUCAAUAUACUUCCUAUUUCAACGAACAAAAGAAGCAGAUCAUAGAUCAGAUCUCUUCUCGUGUCAGCCAUGCCGAGUUUACACCUGUUCUGGCAGCCCAAGGACUCGUGCUGCUAGGAGUUCUCUUCGCCGUGUACAGAGCUGUAGUUUCUACUUACCGGCUACGCUUCCACCCGCUCUCUGCAUUCCCUGGUCCUCGAGAGGCGGCGGUAUCUGAUCGCUGGCUCUACAAGCUCUCCAAAGGAGGCCGAGCUGAAAUAGAGUUUGACAGGUUGCAUCGUGAACUUGGCGUCCAGGGGUUACGGAUUGGCCCCAACGAUCUACAUAUUACCGAUGUUUCUCUUUACAAGGUUAUCUACAGCCAGAAGACGCAAUAUCUGAAGGAGCCGGUCUUUUACAACGGCUUCAAUGCGCCUCACAGCGUCUUUGCUGAGGAUGUACCUGCCCUGCACAAGGAGAGGCGUAAAUUGUUAAAUCCUUUCUUCUCGAAGGCUGGUAUUCUAAGAGUCGGGGGCAUGGUGGGCGACAAGGUCCAUCGUUUGCAAAGAAAGAUCGAAGACCUCACCGCUCGGGGCCAUCCUAUCAGGGCGGGUAAAGCCUUCCGCUGCCUGACGGUGGACUUGAUUACCGACUAUGCCUUUGCCGGCAGCAGAAAUCUCAUUGAGAACAGCGACGAUGACUUUAACGCGGAGACACUUGUGGCCCUCGACACUGCUGCCGUAAGUAUAUGGGACUCGGUAUACCAACCCGUGGCGCGGAAGAUGGCGUCCAUCAUCCCCAACGUCGUCAUCUCCAUGAUGAGUAAGGAGCUAGGGGCUAUGAUUCGUCUGGUAGAAGAGGCUGCCCAGAGUUAUCAAACCUACAAGAAGACAGGAGAUCACAAGACGCCCGUCGUAUUUGACGCCCUGAGAUCGGUGAAGAGCGACCAUCUGGUCGUUGCUGAGGCGGUGGACAUUCUCGUUGCCGGAUCCGACACAACCGCCUUCACGCUGACCUGUGGCAUCUGGUAUAUCGCGAAGAACCCGCACAUCAAACGGAGGCUGGUGGAAGCCUUGGUGCAGGCCUUCCCAGAUCCCAACACACCGAUGAAGAUCCUGGACCUUGAGGCGAUCCCGUAUCUCGCAGCCUGUAUUCGUGAGUCUUUGCGCAUGGCAAGUCCGGUGCAGGGCAGGCUGCCACGCAUCGUCCCUGGCAAAGGCGCCGACCCUCUGAUCGUUGACGGCAAGGUCGUCCCUCCCGGCACCGUCGUUGGUAUCUCGUCGUACACUAUGCACAGGAGCCCCGAGGUUUGGGGUGACGAUGUUCUGGAGUUCAACCCGGACCGGUGGAUGGGUGAGGAGGGCAAACAUCUCGACUCUUAUCUUGUUACCUUUUCCAAGGGUAUUCGCAGCUGCAUCGGCCAGAACCUCGCAUUUGCGGAACUGUUCCUGACUAUGGGCAUGCUCUACCGGAAUUUCGAAAUCACCGUUGACCCAAUCUCCGACAACUUCGAGGUGUUGGAUUUCUUCACCCUGCAAGUCCCUGAGCCAGGCCUUGUGCUGCACAUGAAGAAGAUCACCUAG